AGGCGGGCGGACCGCGGGAUGAGGAUCAUGUGUAGUCCACGCGCUGAAACUGGGUUAGUGCGAGCAGCGGAGCAGGAGAGAGCUAGAAGAAGAAGAGCCGCCACCGCUCGUUUAACACAUCUAGUUUUAUCUCAGCUGCAAGGGGAAAGUAGCAUAUAACAAACAGGCAUCGUUGAUUUAUACGCUAAUAAGGCCAGAGUGAGUUAAGAAAGAGUAAAAAAAAAAAAAAAAGGAUUUGGUAUUGUGGCAGUCUUCAGCUUAUCCUGCUUGAAGUGAAUAAAUGCCCGUCGCUCUCUGUGCUUUCUUGCUUCUUUUCCACUUGGAGUUACAUGCCCUGGAGAGUUGAUUAAACUUCACCGAAGAAAUGAGAGCUCAAAUAGAAGUCAUUCCCUGUAAAAUCUGUGGGGAUAAAUCAUCAGGCAUCCACUAUGGUGUUAUCACCUGUGAGGGCUGCAAGGGUUUCUUUCGACGCAGUCAGCAAAACAACGCUAUGUACUCCUGCUCAAGACAAAGGAACUGCCUGAUUGACCGGACCAACCGUAACCGUUGUCAGCACUGCAGGCUGCAGAAGUGUCUCGCUCUUGGAAUGAGCCGUGACGCAGUGAAAUUUGGCCGCAUGUCCAAAAAGCAGCGUGACAGCCUGUACGCAGAGGUCCAGAAGCACCAGCAGUCACAGGAGUGCGCUGGAGUCGUCUCCCGCGAGGAGAAUGGAGACCUGGCAGAGCACGGCCGCACCUACAGAAGAGGCUCCAGCGCUACGCUCAGCGACCUGGAUGACAUCACGACCCUGCCAGAGGGCCUCUUUUUUGACCUGCCCCUCACCCCGGAGGACACAGGCGGCGAUUACUGCAGCCUGGAAAUGCUGGGAGGAAGCGCAGGGAGCAGCUCGUCCUCUCAGAGCUCGCCAGAGCAGACCAGCUUGGACUUUGUUGAUGGCAACCACAGCAUCAAACACGAGUACCAGCUGUUGCAUGAUUCUGGACUCUUCUCUCAUGCCAUCCUCAACCCUCUGCCAGACGGCUGCUCCCUCCUGGAAAUAGAGCGUAUAAUCCAGAGUGUAGUGAAGUCCCAUGUUGAGACAAGCCAGUACAGCACAGAGGAGCUGAAGAGGAUGGCAUGGAACAUCUAUAAUCCAGAAGAGACUCGUUCGUACCAGACCAAAUCAGCCGAAGUGAUGUGGCAACAGUGCACGGUUCACAUCACCAACGCAAUUCAGUAUGUGGUGGAGUUUGCCAAGCGCAUCUCUGGCUUCAUGGACCUCUGUCAGAAUGAUCAGAUUAUUCUACUUAAAGCAGGGUGCAUGGAUGUCCUUCUGAUCCGUAUGUGCCGAGCCUACAACCCCAUCAAUAAUACACUGCUUUUUGAUGGGAAGUUUGCGAGUGCUCAGCUUUUUAAAGCUCUUGGCUGUGAUGACCUUGUGAAUGCUGUGUUUGACUUAGCAAAAACUCUGAGUCGUAUACAGAUGUCAGAGGACGAGAUGGCUCUGUUCAGUGCUGCGGUCCUUCUGUCACCAGACCGACCUUGGCUGACAGAUGUCCAGAAGAUCCAUAAACUGCAGGAGAAAGUUUAUGUGGGUCUGCAACGCUGCCUGCAAAAAGAGGGCACAUCAGAGGAGAAGCUAGCAAAGAUGGUGUCUAAGCUUCCCAUGAUGAGGUCCAUUUGCAACCUCCACAUAGAUAAGCUGGAGUUUUUCCGUCUGGUUCACCCUGAGACGGCAUACGCCUUCCCUCCUUUGUACAGGGAAGUUUUUGGGAGCGAAAUCACCUUCCCGGACUCUACCGAGGGCUAGCUUAGCCUCUCAGCUAAAAUGGUGUGAUUAAACAUAGUGACACUGAGGUGUGUUUAGAGGAAGAUGAAAAUGUGGUGACCGUCAUACGGCAGAACCAACCAGCCCAAUGACAAUCCUGCACGUUACACUUUAGUGCACUCUCCUCUCACCUCUGAAGUCCAAACCCUGUGGAGUAGCUUUCACCGCCUUGCAGGCCAAACCUAUUAACUCAACAAAACGGGAGAAGUUGCUGGGUCGCAGGUGCACAUUACCUCCUUUGUAAAGAAGUGAAGAAACCAUUGAACAGUAGCCUACAUUGUUCUUUUUUUUUUUUUUCUUUUUUUUUUUUCACAAAAAUAUUUUUCUAUAAGUCACCUUUAACUGCUGGUUGAGUUUAAUUCCUUUCUGGCGUAGUCUUUGUUACCUCCACAGCCCCUGAAAGCGAUUGUUGAAUGUACUCCCCC